UGAGGCUUUCUUUUGGUUAUCAGGGAAUUAUGUUUAAGUUUAUUUGCUAAGUUUGCUUAAAAGUUCAAUGAUUCUGGAUUGUGGACAUCAUUUCUACACUGUGCUUUAACAGGAUUUGAUGCUAAGUAACCGUUGUCCUGGGAAUCAACAGGACCUUCUACCAAGAAGACCAAAGUGAAUUGAAAACCGAUUACUGUGGUUCAAAGGUCAUAGGGAAUGAAGCUGUGACAUGCAAGGAAACAGACUGCGGAGAGAAAGAAGAAAUGCAGAAUCUGCAUGCCGUAAAUGGGACAACAGAACAGUGCUGUGGGGAGCAGAGACAGAAAGUGGAGCUGUUUUACAAGUAAGAUGAGGCCUUUGUCUCUGUAAGUUCUCAGACAUUCCAGCCACAGUUUUGUGUUACUGCAUGAGGCAAUCAAUGUGUAUAAGAAAGAGGAUUGUAGUUUGGAACAAUACAUUACACGAAAGAGAUGGAAGCAAAUCCUGAAUGUCUUAAAAAUGAUGUUAUGGUCAUCCACUCGGCAGUGUUUGAUACUAACUUGGAGGUCAACAAAGAAGUAGGACUUCUGGAAGACAUGGAAGAAAACACUGGCUAUCUUAACAGUUAUGCUGCAACCAAUCUGGCAGCAGCAGUAUCAGCUGAUAAGUCAUUGCCUGGAAAAGAAGAAGCUAUUGGCUGUCUAACAGCUCCAGUAACCUUUCAAGAUGUUGCUGUCACUUUUUCAGAUGAAGAGUGGAAGAUGUUAAGAAAACAAGACAAGGAGCUUUACAGGGAAGUGAUGGUGCAGAACUAUGAAACCCUGGUUUCCAUAGGAUACAAAAUCUCCCCAGAAAAAUUAUUGGUGCUGCUUAAGGAAGAUUUUGACAAACUAUCAACGGAUGGGAUGGAGCAAAAAGUAGAAGGGAAAAAUGUCAUAGAGCAAGAGGAUGAAGAACUCAACAGUGUCAGAAGCACAGAAUGCAGUGUAAGUCGCAACCAGCAGCCGUCUGUUGGGUCACCCCAGUUACAUCAUCCAUCAGGCAACUGGCAACAGUGUGCUCAGCCAGUAAAGGGCUCUAACAAGCUUCAACUUACAUCUCUAUCAAAGCAUCAUUCAGGACAUAAAAACUACAGCAGGAGCUCUGAAUGCGACACAAGUUUUAUUGUACAGCAAAGUCCAGUGACACAGCAGAGGUCUCACAAAAGGGAAAAAAUAUAUAAGUGUCCUAAAUGCAGUAAAUGGUUUUCCUGUAGCAGGAGUUUGAUGUGCCACCAAGCGAUUCAUACAGGGGACAAGCCGUAUAAAUGCGCUGAAUGCAGUAAGUGUUUCACAUAUGAAUGUAACCUCAGAACUCAUCAGCGAGUGCACACAGGGGAUAAAAAACGGGAUAAACCAUAUAAAUGUGCUGAAUGCAGUAGGUCUUACAGAGGAAGAAAUGGACUGCUGUACCAUCAAAUGACGCACACGGGUGAGAAACCGUAUAAAUGUACUGAGUGCAGUAAGUGUUUUUCACAUCAUAGUAGUCUUAUGUAUCACCAGGCCAUUCAUACGGGCGAGAAGCCAUACAAAUGUACUGAGUGCAGUAAAUGUUUUUCAUGUAGUAGUAAUCUGAUGCGUCAUCAAGCCACUCACUCGGGGGAGAAACCUUAUAAAUGUAAUGAAUGUAGUAAAUGUUUUUUACGUAGCAGUAGUCUAACACACCAUAAGGCCAUUCACACUGGGGACAAACCAUACAAAUGCGACGAAUGCAAUAAGUCUUUUUCAUGUAGAAGUAGCUUAAUACGCCAUCAGACUAUUCACACAGGUGAGAGACCCUUUAAGUGCACCGAAUGCAGCAAGUGUUUCACACAUGAGCAUAACCUCAGAACUCACCAACGAGUGCACACGGGAGAGAAACCAUAUAAAUGCAGCGAAUGUAAUAAGUGUUUUACCCAGAGCAAUCAUCUGUUCCGCCAUCAGCUCGUUCACGCACCAAGCGGUGAGAAAAGAAUUCCUGGCAAAAAUUAAAUGUCGAAGCAAUAAUAAUUUCACAAGCUUUAAUAGUACCCUGAUUUAGGAAUAUAGUCCAUUCCUUUAAUGCAUUUUAAAUGUCUGGAAAAAUUAACAAGGGGGAGCAACCAACAAAUGACCUUUGAAAUGUUUUUCAAGUAGCAGUAUUCUGAUAGACCCAUCAGACCAUUCACAAAGAAAUAUAAAAACAGGACAAGAAGAAAAUAAAAUAAAAGGAAAAUUGGAAAACCCUCAAAUAUAGUGUCAGUAAUAGAGAACUCCUGGAGUAAUCACAGGCUGAUCAAGAUGUGAUGCAUUAAUAGUUAAGGAGAGGUGAAUUAAAACCAAAAUACGAAAGGCUAAUAGUAGCAACUGAAUAUAGAGGGCUACAUGCACAUUAGUUUAUGAAGUCAGCAGAAACCGUGAGAGUUCAAGACAAACACUGGUUAUAUAAUACAGAAAUAGAAACAGUUGCACAUCUUGUUGCAGGAUGCAAUAUACUCAUGGCUGACGGUUUGUGUACUGACAGACAUAGUAAUGUGGCAAGAGUGCUACAUUAGCGAUUGCACAACAUACAGGUAGCUGAGAAGCAGUGGAAACGUGAGUUCCAAAGAACUGAGAAAUUAAAUACAUAAUGGACACCAUAGCAACAUCCAGUACCAACAAUAAACAAGUAAGAGAUGUGAAAAACAUGUAUAGUAGUCAAAGAUAAAAGGAGCAAAGCAUCAUUAAUUAUCGAAGUAUGUACACCUAGCAAUUAUAGUACAUAUGCACUGUGGGACGCAAUCAUAAAUUACCAGGAUACUCAAGCAGAAACAAAGGCAAUAUGGGAUAAAGACAAUUACAUAAUUUCAGUAGUAGUAGGUGCAGCUGGACUAAUAAAAAAGAAUUUUCGAGAAAACUUAAAUAUGCUACUGAUGCAUAUAAUUCUGUAUGAAAUGCAGAAUGAAGGAAUUCUGGGUACAUUGCAGUAGUGCUGAGAGGAGUACUCUUGGCAAACAUCAAAUUGUAAAGCAAUACUAAUUUUAUGAAUUUUAAAUGAAUCCUGACUGAGGAAUGGGGGUUUUCCUGUCAUGAUGUUAAGAUACUCAAAGCAUUUGGAAAAAUUCAAAAAAGGGAUAAGGAAAGAUUUAAAUGAUGUAAUAGAAAUGAACAAAAAAUGCAUCUAGGCAGCUGAAUAUCAAUGGAAGAUGACAGAAAAAGUAGAAUAACUGCAUGGAAGCAUCAAUUAGAGAAAAAUUUAAAACAAUUAAGGUAAGACAUAUCAUUACUAGAGGACUGUAGAAAAAAACUGUUGGCCAGAUACAGUAAAAGCAAAACCCAAUACCAAAACAGAUCAAUAUUUACCUUACACUAUCUUCAAUAACAAACUAAAAGUAUCAUCACAUAAUGUAUGUAUAAAAAAAAAAGUGCAAAACAAGCAAUUCAUUGAUGAUCCAAAACGGUUUAUGGGGUGUUGAGAAGGAAAUGAGCAACAACAGUGACAGUAGCCAAGGAAUAAAUCAAUGUGUUUUGAAGAAAUAUCUAUGAAGAUCCUGUUGAGCCUAAUAAAGACUCUGAAUGUAUGCAAGAGGUAAAAGAACAACUGAGAAGUGUUACCAUAAAGGAAACAGCAUAGACUGCAGUAAUAGCCUGCAAAACUGAGCCCAAACUAUGAAAGACUUCUAACAGGAAAAACACAAGACAACGUGGCUAAAGCUAUUAAUAUGGCUACACAAUGGUGUAGCCUUUUGGGGAAAUUUCCUUAUAUGGCCAUCCCAAACUGACACCAGCCUGUUUAACGGCAGGAGAAAUUGUACUGCUCCCUAAAAGUGAAUCUGUAAAUCAUUCUAAGAACUAUAGACCAGUAAUCUUGCCCUCCAGUAACAUAUAAAUUACAUACCAUAACUGAUGCAAAUGGAGUGUACAGUUAGAGAAAAUUUCAUCCCUAGCAUUAGACCAAAAGGGCAAUAAAAGAAAAUCAUAAAUAAUGAUAAAUGAUCAUUGGUUUCUAAAUAAAAAGGAGCAUAACCUAAUUAUGGCAUGGAUACAUUACAGAAAAGCAUUUGACAGUUUUUCAUUUUCCUGAAAUAUUGAUUCUGGGGUGUUUUUUGUAACCAGUGUUGUUUUGUCUAACCCUCAACCCAUUAUGCUGUCUACUGUUCUACAGUUGAGCCACACAAAGGACAAAUUACUAUCCCAGGAUAAAAGUCCAAGGAGAGAGUUUCUGGGGUGAUUAUGUAUCACCCCUACUGUUUGACCCUGACCUUAACCUUGACCUUAACCUAUUACGCUCUUUACUUAACAGAUUAGGCUAUAGCUACAGCUUGACAUCCACAAAAAAACCUUGUUUAAUGUCAUCUCACCUACUUUAGGUAGAUCAUUUGAAACUGUAUAGCUCUUUAGCAGUAUUGCAGAUAGUUAAAUCCUUUUCAGAAGAUAUAAGAGUCACAUUUAGCUUUGAUAAGUGUGCAAAAGCAACAUGCACAGCAGGAAAACAGAAGCAUCAAAA